AUGUCGUCUAACAGUCUCAGCGACAAGACAGACCCUCAAGCUGUUGGUAGUCCUCUCUCCGAAGCGGCCGCCAGAGCCCGGGCCGCCGAAGCGGAGCUCACGCUCGGCCAAGCGUUCAAAAAGUAUCGAUGGGGCAUCGCAUGGUCGGUCAUCGUGUCAAUGAACAUCGUCAUGGAAUCCUAUGAUACCAUUCUUCUCUCGAGCUUUUACGCCUACGACUCGUUCACAGAGAGAUUCGGCGAGCAGCUACCAAAUGGCACGUACUCGGUGUCUGCAAAGUGGCAGAGUUCGCUCUCCCUCGCGUCGUCUGUUGGCAUCAUCAUCGGUAUCCUCGCCAACGGUCUGCUUAUCGACCGUUAUGGCCCGGAACCAUCGGAAUUAUCACCUUUGCUACGUCGCGCGAGAUGCUUCUCGCCGGCCAGUUCCUGUCUGGUCUUCCGUGGGGUCGUUCCCACCAUCCUGCGUCACUACGGCCCCACGUUUGUCAACCUGUGCUGGGUCAUUGGACACAUUAUCGCCGUUGGUGUCCUCACUGGCUUGAACACCAACACUACAGAGUGGGGAUGGAAGAUUCCGUUUGCGCUGCAGUGGAUGUUCCCCCUGCCGCUCUUGAUUGUCGCCUUCUGGUGCCCACCUUCCCCGUGGUGGCUUGUCCGCCGCGGGCGCCGCGACGAGGCCGUAGCUGCCUUGCGUCGUCUUGGCGACGACACGGUCAACCAUGAGGAUGCGGUCGCCUUGAUCGAGCACACUGUCAACCUUGAACGCGAGUUCGACUUUGGCUCGUCAUACGCGUCCUGUUUCAAGGGUGUCGACCGUCGCCGAACGGAGAUUGCAGUCGUGUGCUGGGUGGCUCAGGUCUUGGUUGGAUGGAGCAUCAGUGGAUACCAGGCCUACUUCUUCAAGCUCGCGGGCAUGGCUCAAGGCGAUUCGUUCAAGCUCACGCUUGGGUCUUACUGCGUCGCCUUUGUCGGUACCUCCUCGGCCAUGGCAUUGCAGAUCAAGUUCGGCCGCCGUUCGCUGUGGUUUGGCGGUCUCAUUGCGAUGUUCGCCUCCAUGAUUGUAAUUGGUAUUCUGGCCUGUCUCCCUCAAACGACCGCGAUGCUCUGGGCCGAGGGUUCCAUGGUGCUUGUGUGGUUUGGCAACUAUGGGUGGUCCGUCGGUCCCCUCCCCUACGUCAUCUGCUCGGAAAUCGGCUCUGCUCAGUUGAGGCAGAAGACAAUUGCAAUUGCUCGCGCAUCAUACUACGUCGUCGGCAUUGCCAACACCGUGUCAACGCCCUACAUUCUCAACGCGGCAGAGGCCAAUCUCAGGGGCAAGGCAGCGUUCAUUCCGGCCGGGUUCAUUGUCCUCCUGGCUGUGUGGUCAUACUUCCGUCUCCCCGAGACCAAGGGCCGGUCGUUUGAGGACCUGGACAUUAUGUUUGCGGAGAAGAUUCCGGCGCGCAAGUUCAAGAACCACGUUAUUGGCGGAGAGGAUGGAGAUGCCAAGGCCUAG